UUCAUGAAUCACGUAUCUUAUCUAUCAUAAUAUAGAGAAAAGAAAACGGUUGCCAUAUAAACCAACCGACGAUAAAACCCGAAAGCAUAGUACCUUCGACCAACAGUUACAGUUAAGCUGCCACCAUGAACAAAUGUGUACUUCAGGCACUGGUUUUAUUCACCGUCGGUGCAGUACUAGCUUACGGUAACUGCAACCUAGGGAUGGGGAAUCUUCCGCAAACUGGAAUAUUGCUCCACACCUUGCAUGCCCACAGUGGUCCAGUGGAUGAACCGAGAAACAUGACGUUAGUUUUUGAUUACCAAGUCAGCCCAGUAGAACGCGUUGAAAUCACUUACAUCAAGUUCAAUGCAUCUCCAACGAACGGUUGCACAUUCACAUAUGGAGUGCCCCAUAACAUUACAAAAGGUUUCAGAGUAACUGUCCAUAGCCAUACACCAAUGACAGAGAUGUCCGGUACCGCCGAUGUCUACGGAGUACGGUACAACAGUUGGUGAUUUUACUAAUGUAACGAUGUAAUUUAAGUUAAUGAUAAAUUAGUUAGAUUCAAUAAAAUAAGUAAUACUUAUGACAUG